AGCGCAGCCAGGUUUGGAUUCGUUUCAUCCUGCCGCAGGUACAGGGGCGAGGGGAUCCUGCCUGCCAGCCCCGUGGAUGUCUGGGAGUGUAUAAAGCCGGUGGCUGGAGGGCUCAGGACCAAGUGGGACCAAAACGUGAAGGACUUUGAGGUCAUCGAAGACAUCAAUGAUGCUGUCUCUGUAUGCAGAACCACAACCCCUUCAGCUUUCAUGAGGGUCAUUUCACCAAGAGAAUUCGUGGAUGUGGUACUGAUGAAGCAAUUUGAAGACGGGACGAUGCUAUCUGCUGCAACCAAUGUGGAACACCCGCUGUGUCCUCCUAGACCAAAUUUUGUGAGAGGUUUGAAUUAUCCCUGUGGCUGUUUCUGUAUACCUCUUCCAGGGGAACCAGACAGGACUCAGCUCCUCACUUUCUUUCAGACUGAUCUUGGUGGCUAUCUUCCCCAAACGGUGGUGGAUUCCUUCUUUCCAGCUAGUAUAGCUGGUUUUUACAGUAACCUGACCAAAGCUGUUAAGCAAUUAAAAGCAUGA